UCACUUGAAAGCUUAACAGAAUGAGUGUCCAGAAUCACCACUAAAAAUAACACAGACGGAAACUCAACACGUGCUGCGCACGAAUCGUUCUUUUCAGAAUUAACAUGGCUCCCAAGAAGAAGGGAUCAGAAAAAGCCCCAGCAGCCAAGCCUGCCGCCAAGAAGGAGGGUGGAGGAAAGAAAGACUCCAAGGCAAAGCCCCCAAAGGCAGCAGAGAAGGCAGUGAAGGCCAAGAAAGCAGUGCUCCGUGGAGUCCACAGCAAGAGGAACAAGAAAUUCAGGCCCUCAGUUCACUUCAGGAGACCCAAGACCCUGUCCCUCCCCAGGGCUCCAAAAUACCCUAAGAAGAGCGUCUCCAGAGUGUGCAAAUUAGAUCGAUUUAGCAUUGUGAAGUUCCCCCUAACUACAGAGUCUGCCAUGAAGAAGAUUGAAGACAACAACACUCUGGUGUUCAUCGUGGAUAAAAGGGCGAACAAACCACAGGUCAAACAGGCCGUCAAGAAGCUGUACGACAUUGAUGUCGCCAAGGUCAACACACUGGUCAGGCCUGAUGGAGAGAAGAAGGCAUAUGUUAGACUGGCCCCAGAUUACGAUGCAUUAGAUGUGGCCAACAAGAUUGGUAUCAUCUAAACAGAAAAUCAUUUUAUGUAUAUAUGGGGAAAUAAAAAAAAAGAAUGAAAA